AUGCUCACAGCUUCUCAGGCAAUAGGCCUGAAGCUAUUCCUCUUCAUCUUAGCAGUUGUCGUAGUUGUUUUUAAACAAGCAGUAAGAUGGUGGCUGCAGACAAAAUUCGGGUGGACAGAUAUCUUCAUUACACUAUGUGUAGCCCUCUAUUUGGCCGAGGAGGUCAUCGCUAUUGAGCUCCAUAGACUCAACUUUUUCAAUAUGCCGGUUGCGAAUUUCAGUGUGAACGGAUACCCUGACCUGCUCAAAAACACUGAAGACAAGGAUAAACUAUCAAUAAUGUUGAGGGUAAGGCUUACUCAAACUUGGGUUAACCGGUUUCAACGUUAA